AUGGUUCAGGGUUAUGAUAGGCAAGGGGCUAAGUUCGCUUGUAUGUUCAAGAUAGACUUACAAAAAGCUUAUGACACUUUUGAUUGGGACUUCGUUAAAGAAAUGUUGUUAACUUUAGAGUUCCCUGCGAAGUUUGUGACCUUAAUUAUGGACUGUGUAACCACUUCGAGAUUCUCCUUUAUGAUUAAUAGUUCUCUCCAUGGAUACCUUCAAUCUAAAAGGGGUCUCCGCCAAGGGGAUCCAAUGUCUACACUAUUGUGUGUUAUUGGAAUGGAAUAUAUCUCGCGCAUUAUGAACAAAGUUGCUAAAGACCCUACUUUUAAAUUCCAUCUAAGGUGUAUCAGUUUGAGGCUCACACACUUAUGUUUUGCAGAUGACUUACUUCUCUCUUGCAAAGGAGAUUACAUUGUUGCCACUUUGUUUUUACGUGGUUUCAAGUUAUUCUCAAAUACUUCAAGGCUUCAAGCUAAUGUGGGGAAGUCAGCGGAAUAUGGGGCAGCUUUGGGCACUCUAACUCUUGAUCGCAUUGUGAACAUUUCUAGUUUUCAGAGAAGUACUCUUCCUUUUAAAUAUCUUGGCUUGAAAAUCUGCUCCAAAAGGAUUUCUCCAGCUGAUUGUGAUUAUUUAGUUGAUAAAAUGACUAGCAGGAUUCGAACUUGGAGUAGCAGGAAUCUUUCUUAUGCUGGGUGCAUUAUUCUAAUCAGCUCGGUAUUACUCACCAUUAAUUUUUAUUGGUCUCAAAUUGUAAUUUUGCCUGAAAGUGUUGUUCAAAAAAUAAUUCAGAUUUGUCAUGCUUAUCUUUGGAAAGGAAAUGACAUGUUCAAUGGCCCUGAAAACGUUUCUUGGACUGAUGCUUGUAAACCAAAGAAAGAUGGUGGUUUUGAGUUCAAAGAUGUUGCUCUUUGGAAUCUCUAUUGUUGA